CGUCCUUUCCGUGGAUCUCGCUGAGACCCUGCUUGUGCAUGGUAUCGGGGGGAUUGAUGUGGGUUCUCAGCCAGAGUGGAGUGUUGUUGGUGGUCUCCCUUGAGUAGGCAGUGCAGAUAUCUAUCGACGGUGGACAUAUAUCUUGCAUAUAAAAGUGCCGACUUUCCCUUCCUCGUGGUUUUAUGGCACAGACAAGACACACCCAAAGUCAAGAAAAUGGGAAAGAUUAUUGAUCUGAAAGUCACCACAACAUCCAUUGGGUCGACGCCAACCAUUGUGGUGCAAGAUGACGAGCAAUUACCAAGUCCGCAAGAGACGCUUCGGCUCGAAAGUCAACAGGACCCAGCUCCUCCAUACCAUAUCUUCACUCGGUCAAAGAAGCUCCAGAUGGUGUGUAUUGUCUCCAUGUCGGCUAUCUUCUCUCCACUGUCGUCAAACAUCUACUUCCCUGCGUUGGGAGAUAUCUCAAGGGAAAUGAACAUCUCUAUGUCCCUGGCAACUCUUACAAUUACCAUUUACAUGGUCUUCCAAGGCAUCGCCCCUCUCUUCUGGGGCUCUUUCUCAGAUGUCACUGGCAGACGCCCAAUCUUCAUAGGGACCUUUAUUGUGUACCUUUUAGCCAAUAUUGCCCUGGGAGUGUCGGACAACUACGCUGAGCUCAUGGUUUUUCGAGCAAUGCAGGCAGCAGGCAGUGCUGCCACGAUCUCGAUCGGGGCCGGGGUGAUAGGAGACAUCACAACUUCUGCCGAGAGAGGAAGCUUAGUUGGAAUCUUUGGUGGAGUACGCAUGUUGGGACAGGGAAUUGGCCCAGUGUUUGGCGGUGUCUUGACCCAAUACUGGGGCUUUCGUUCGAUUUUCUGGUUCCUCACUAUCUUUGCUACCUUGAGUCUUCUUUCUAUCCUCGUCUUCCUUCCAGAGACUCUGCGAUCCAUCGCUGGCGAUGGACGUACUCGGCUGACCGGCAUUCACAAACCUAUCAUCUACAUGAUCAAGGGCCAACCGCAAGUUUCAGUCGAAAAUAAUCUUGACCAAGACAAUAGCAAGAUUACCAUCCAUACCUUGUUGGCUCCUCUGAAAUUUCUUACCGAGAAGGAUGUCUUCAUCACCUUAUUUUUCGGCAGUAUCGUCUACACCGUGUGGAGCAUGGUGACUUCCAGCACCACGGAUCUGUUUCAAAAGUCAUACCACCUCAACUCACUGGAGGUUGGUCUGACAUAUCUUGGUAACGGCUUCGGGUGCAUGGCCGGAUCAUACUCUAUAGGGUAUUUGAUGGACUACAAUCACCGAAAGACCGAGCGUGAAUACUGCCAGCAGAAUGGCUACCCUGCAGACACUCGCAUUACUGCCAAGACCCAUAAGGACUUCCCGAUUGAGCGAGCUCGCAUGCGAAACACGUGGUGGAUCACCGCACUUUUCCUUGUCUGUACGGUAGUCUUUGGGUUCUCGCUUGAGACUCAUCUCGCUGUGCCGAUUAUCCUGCAGUUUUUCAUUGCCUACUGCGCAACCGCGAUCUUCACCAUCAAUAGUGCCCUGGUCAUUGACCUGUACCCUGGCGCCAGCGCCAGCGCCACGGCCUGCAACAACCUGAUGAGAUGUUCUGUUGGCGCCGCCGGUGUUGCCCUUGUGCAGCCCAUGAUUGACGCUCUGACUGCGCGAUGGACUUUUAUGUUACUCAGUGGUAUCACCCUGCUCUGUGUGCCCCUGCUGUGGGUUGAAACGAGAUACGGACCUUCCUGGCGAUUAGCACGAGCGGAACGGCAUUCAGCGAAGCAAUGAAAACGAGUCUUGGGGGGGUUUCUACCGUACAUACAUAUUUUUUUGGGGUGUACAAAAGUAUUCUUCAAGUGUCGAUAUUUCUGGCUUAUAUAGAUUUUAGCGGUGAGCUCAUAGAGUCCAAGAUUGGGGGUUUAUCUACAAUUGAAUAUAUUGUCAAAGUAUCUUGC